ACGACCACGACAACGCGGAGAUCACUUUAGCUUUUCAGUCGUCUCUGCAAUUUCGUAAAAAAGAUCUGUGAACUCACUUUUCAAGCACUUAUAUCCAUCUCCUUUGUUCUUUUCCACUUCUUGAAAUUAAAAUCCAACUCAAUCUUCUUCCUUAAUUUAUAUUUUCUUUUGUGUUAAAUUCUUCAAAAACCUGUUUUAAUAUAUUUCUAAUACAUAUCUCUAGCAUAUUUCCGAAUCUCCGAUGGCUUUUCUGGCCACAGAAAACGCCUCCUCCUCCUCCUCCUCACCUAUUCCUCCUUCUUCUACCCCUGGAUGCAAAUACGAAUACGACGUGUUUCUCAGUUUCAGAGGCACCGACACCCGCAACAAUUUCACGGACCAUCUUUACGAUAGGUUGAAGCAAGAAGGCAUAUUCACAUUUAGGGACGAUGAGGGACUCGAGCAAGGAACAGAGAUGAACUCAGGGCUCCUGAGAGCAAUAGAUGAAUCGAAAAUCGCUGUUGUCGUUCUAUCCAAACAAUACGCUUCGUCGAGUUGGUGUUUGAUCGAACUAGCAAAGAUCGUCGAGUGCAUGAAUAAGAAGAAGCUGACAGUCCUUUCUGUGUUCCACUAUGUGGAUCCUAGUGAUGUCAGGUAUCAGAAUGGGUCUUUCGCGGAAGCUUUUGCAAAACAUGAAAAUCGAUUCAACGAUGAUGAUGUGAAGACUUGGAGAGCAGCCUUGACAGAAGUUGCCAAUCUCUCUGGAUGGCAUCUAAAGGAUAAUUCUGAAUCAGAAGUUAUCAAAAAAAUCAUUCAAAGAAUAAGUAGUGAGUUGGAUCAUGAAGUCCCAUUUGUUUCUGAGCACCUCGUUGGAAUGGACUCCCGUGUGAAGGAAAUGUUGGAUUUAUGCUUCGGUGAAAGGUUGAAUUGUGUCCGCUUAGUUGGGAUUUGUGGUAUGGGUGGAAUCGGUAAAACAGCUCUUGCCCGAGAAAUUUAUAAUAGAAUUUUUCGUAAUUUUGAAGCCAGUAGUUUUAUUGCUAAUGUUAGAGAAGAGUCUGAAAGUCAACGUCUAGUUUCUUUACAGAACAAUCUUCUUUCUAAGAUCCUCAUGGGAACAGAAAAAAAAAUUUCAGAUGUUGAGGAGGGAAAGAAAAUUCUAAGGAAUAGACUCUGCAAUAAGAAGGUUCUUAUUGUUCUUGAUGAUGUGAAUGAUGAUAAACAACUAAAAGCAUUAGUUGGGAAGGAUUGGUUUGGUCUAGGGAGUAUAAUCAUUGUAACAAGUAGAGAUAGUCAUUUGUUGAAAACCUAUUGGGAUGGGGUGAUUGAUAUAUAUAUAGCUAAGGAGCUGAAUCAUGAUGAAGCAAUGGAGCUUUUUAGUUUGAAGGCUUUUAAGAAACCUCAUCUUGAAGAAAAUUAUGUGGAUUUGUCUAUAUAUUUUGUGAAUUACGCUAACGGCCUUCCUUUAGCUCUUAGAGUUUUAGGUUCUUCAUUAUUUGGUAAAACACUUGAUGUAUGGAGAAGUGCUCGAGAUAAAUUAGAAGCAAAACCUAAUAGAGACAUUAUGGAUGUACUUGAAUUGAGUGUUGUUGGGCUUGACGAUACACAAAGAGAUUUGUUUUUAGAUAUUGCAUUUCUCUUUAAAGACAUGGCCAACUAUCGCAUAAGAGAUACUCUAGAAAGUUUAGGUCACUAUACCUACGAUAUUGAUGUUCUUCAGGACAAAUCUCUUAUAACCAUUACUUCAAAUGGAGCUCUUUGGAUGCAUGAUUUGCUUAAAGAAAUGGGUCAAGACAUUGUUCGUCGUGAAUCCCUUGAAGAGCCUGGUAAACGUAGUAGGUUAUGGAGUUAUAAGGAUGUCCUACAUGUGUUGACAAGUAAUGUUGGAACAAAGGUAGUUAAAGGCAUAAUGCUAAACAUGCCUAUUGAAGCAGUGGAACGCUUGAGCGCUGAAGCCUUCACAAAGAUGAAAAAUUUGAGAUUUCUUAAAAUUGGUUAUGUGCAUCCUUCACAAGACCUCAUUGGAGGUCCUAUCCAACUUCCACAAGGUCUCAGUUAUCUUUCUAACGAGUUACGCAUAAUAGAUUGGUGUGGAUAUCCUUUAAAAUCCAUGCCAACCAGUUUUCAACCAAACAAACUUGUUGAACUAAGAAUGCAUAACAGUGAAAUCAAACAACUAUGGAAAGGAAUUAUGAUUUUAAAUGAGUUAAAACUCAUUAACCUCAGUGAUUCUCAAAACUUGAUUGAGAUCCCGGACCUUAGUGGAGUCCCAAAGCUUAAGCAAUUGAUCAUCCAACGUUGUACAAGACUCUAUAAGAUACAUGCAUCUCUUGGAGAUCUCAAAAGGCUUAUUCAAUUGGAUUUGAAUGGUUGUAAAUGUCUCGAAAGCCUUCCUCACAAGAUCAACUUGGAAGCUCUUGAAACUUUAAUUCUUUCUGGUUGUUCAAGACUAAAGAAGUUUCCAGAGGUUGUGGGAAAUAUGUCAUGUUUGUCAAAACUCUCUUUGAAUGGGACUGCUAUAACGGGGCUACCAUUAUCAAUUGAGCAUUUAAUUGGCCUUACUAAAUUGGAUAUAAGAGACUGCAAAAACCUUUCAAGUCUUCCGAAUGGUUGUUAUAGUUCAAUGUCUCUAAAAAGUCUCGAUUUAUUUGGUUGCUCAAAACUUGUUAAACUGCCAGAGAAUUUGGGGAAUAUCGAAACUCUGGUGGAGUUAGACGUGAGUGGAACUGCUAUAACGGGGCUACCAUUAUCAAUUGAGCAUUUAAUUGGCCUUACUAUAUUGGAUAUAAGAAACUGCAAAAACCUUUCAAGUCUUCUGAAUGGUUGUUAUAGUUCAAUGUCUCUAAAAAGUCUCAAUUUAUCUGGCUGCUCAAAACUUGUUAAACUGCCAGAGAAUUUGGGGAAUAUCAAAACUCUGAAGAAGUUAGAUGUGAGUGGAACUGCUAUAACGGGGCUACCAUUAUCAAUUGAGCAUUUAAUUGGCCUUACUAAAUUGGAUAUAAGAGAUUGCAAAAACCUUUCAAGUCUUCCGAAUGGUUGUUAUAGUUCAAUGUCUCUAAAAAGUCUCAAUUUAUCUGGCUGCUCAAAACUUGUUAAACUGCCAGAGAAUUUGGGGAAUAUCAAAACUCUGAAGGAGUUAGAUGUGAGUGGAACUGCUAUAACGGGGCUACCAUUAUCAAUUGAGCAUUUAAUUGGCCUUACUAAAUUGGAUAUAAGAGAUUGCAAAAACCUUUCAAGUCUUCCGAAUGGUUGUUAUAGUUUAAUGUCUCUAAAAAGUCUCAAUUUAUCUGGCUGCUCAACACUUGUUAAACUGUCAGAGAAUUUGGGGAAUAUCAAAACUCUGAAGGAGUUAGAUGUGAGUGGAAUUGCUAUAACGGGGCUACCAUUAUCAAUUGGGCAUUUAAUUGGCCUUACUAAAUUGGAUCUAAGAGACUGCAAAAACCUUUCAAGUCUUCCGAAUAGUUGUUAUAGUUUAAUGUCUCUAAAAAGUCUCAAUUUAUCUGGCUGCUCAAAACUUGUUAAACUACCAGAGAAUUUGGGGAAUAUCAAAACUCUGAAGGAGUUAGAUGUGAGUGGAACUGCUAUAACGGGGCUACCAUUAUCAAUUGAGAAUUUAAUUGGCCUUACUAAAUUGGAUCUAAGAGACUGCAAAAACCUUUCAAGUCUUCCGAAUAGUUGUUAUAGUUCAAUGUCUCUAAGAACUCUCAAUUUAUCUGGUUGCUCAAAACUUGAUGAAUUGCCAGAAAAUUUGGGGAAAAUUGAAAGUUUGGAGGAGUUAGACUUGGGUGGGACUGCUAUAACGGGCCUUCCUUCAUCUGUUGUUCACUUAAAAAAUCUCAAAGUAGUAUCUCUCUGCGGAUGCGUGGGGCUAUCAUCUAACAAGCUCACGAGGUUUUCUUUAAUGCAACCUAGAAGAAGUCCAGAUCCCAUGAGCACGCUAGAGCGUUCUUUAAUAGGUUUAUGCUCUUUGACCAAACUUGAUCUAAGUUAUUGCAAUGUUCAGACAAUUCCUAAAGUUCUUGGGUGCUUGUCAUCUUUAGAAAGUUUAAAUCUAAGGGGAAAUAAUUUUGUUUGCCUUCCUGAAAGUAUCGUUCAACUAUCUAAUCUGCGAUGGCUUUAUAUGGGUGGUUGCACUCAUCUUCGAAUGUUGCCCAAGCUUCCAUUAAAUAUUGAGUAUAUUGAUGUAACAAAGUGUACCUCACUGGAAACAUUAUCAUUAAGACCAGAAAACGAUUUUCGGGGGGGACUUCGUCUUCUCAAUUGCGACAAAUUGAUCAAGAAUCAAGGCUACGGUGACCUAGUUUCAACAAUGCUAAGACCUUAUAUCAUUAAUACCCAGGGUUACUGUGAGAAAGAUAUGGAAGACAGCUAUGUCAUGAUUCCUGGGAGCGAAAUUCCGAAAUGGUUUAGCCACCAAAAUGUGGGGGCUUUAGUGAGUCUGCAAGUGCCCUCAGAUUUAUUAUGUAACAAAUUUAUAGGAAUUGCUGUGUGCGCUGUUUUUGUAUUCCGCCAGCAUCAUCCACUUCACCAACUUCAUAUUGACGAUUUUGGACAUAUGAUAGGUACGCAUUAUCUUAAAGUUUUCGUUGGUGGAAUUGAACAAAUGAGCCUUAUUUUAUCUGAGGAAUUUGGUAAGAUUGAAUCGUAUCAGCUUUGCCUGGUAUAUUUUCCCUCUACAUACUUUGAACCGGACUGGGAAGAAAUACUGAAUGAAGUCGAUGCUAACGGAUUCAGCCAGAUUGAAGUUAAAUUUGAACCCAAAGGUCCAGGCUUGGAGGUUACAAAAUGCGGGGCCCAUUUGUAUCUGGGCGAGACAUUGAAGACCUAAUAAACCAAACUAAGGCUGGGCCUAGCAGCUGCAUCAUCACUCCUUACAAUGAGGAUGGCUUUGAGGAUUCAGAAAAAGAUAGCAAAAUUAAGCGAAGCAAUGAUGACUCUGAUGGGGAAGGGGCUGUACCUAGUGGAGAAGCUACCUCUAAUGACGAACCACCACACCUAAAUCUAAUUGAAAAUUGGUUUGGGAAUUCUGAUUGUGAGGAAGAGGAAUCUCAAUGAAAGUUAUAGCUUUUAUGGAAUCUGCACUGCCGAUCAACUUUUUUUUCUCUCUGAUUUUAUUAAACGAAGAAGUAUUUGGACUUUGUUGGAAAGGAGAAACUGUCACAUUGCUAGCUGACGAAAAAGCAUGUGGAACUAAUUGUAUGGUAGUCAUUUUUGUUCAAUUGUGUUGGAUGGUAUAUUCGGAACUCUCUGUUAUUGCUCUCUUUUUAUAGUAUUUAGUUUACUACAACUUUCCAUAGGAGAUGCAUGGUACUCCAGUGUUGUAAAAUCAAAUGGAAUGAAGAAAAUUUGGGCCUCUGUUUCCAAGUGAAGUUAAAUUGCAGCAAAGUAGAUAAAAUUAUUUGCAAAGCUUUCUUGUCAUGUAUAAUAGAACUAAUGCAACUAUUUUAUCAUUUAGAAGUAGGACAACCAUUUUAAAACUUAAAGGACCCUUCUUUUCUCUCUUUUUUAAAAAAAAAAAAAAAUUUAUUUUGACUUCACACCACACCACCCAUUGUUUGGUUGAUUGGAAAGCUGUGGAAAUUUUCCUUUUUGGUGUUUGUAUUUUGUGCUGAGUUUGUCCUUGAAUUAGGCCUGAAACAGUUGAAUUAGGUUCCUGAGUUCUGACUUGUUUUUCUUAUAACAAGCUUACAAAAUAUCAUUAUUUUCUGUUUUCAUUUAAACAAUUUGAUUUAAGGACGAAAUUUUGUCUAGAUUUCCUAAUGUGUGUGUCUGUAUGACAAGUUAGCUUUGUUGAUUAUUUUCUUUGGAUUUGGAAUAUUAGCAAUAGAUGGCUACGCAAUCAUCUAUUGAAUAUCAUUCAUUGUGUUCCUGCUGGUCAAAAUCAGAUUAUUGAUGUACUCAGCAGUCAGGAUGAAACUUUUGCUUUAUUUGUUUUUCCCUGUUUUUAAUGUGCUUCUUUUUCAGUCUAUGAGCACCCAGCUAUCAUCCUUUGACAAUUUGGAAUUAGAAACUUCUCAUUGUCUUAUUUGUCAUUUGGGUGUCAUGUUGUUCCGUCUAGGUGCACUGAUGUGGCUGUCCUACAUAUUGAGUGGGAUUAUUUCUAGAGUGUUUGAUCAAUACAAUUGCAUCAAAGCUUCAAUUGCUAGCGGUUGCACAAGUGCAGGAGUAUGGCCUUUGUCACUUCAUGGGUAAUAUGGAAUUCAAAUCAGCUUUGGUGUACCAUUGAUUCCAUGCUUAAAGACGGGAAAAUAAGUUGUAGAAUUACCUCUCCUCUGCUUGCACUGCUGCCUUUAUUACUUUUGAGCUCUUCAUAUCUAAGUUCAUGAACAUUUACUUUUCAACAGGAAAAAAUGGUAUCAACUUCCAAGGGUGGGACUCGAGUUUUUGUUGCUAGAAUACCUCCUAGUGUCACAGAUGAUGAUUUUGGCAGGAUCCAGUGACAAAACAUGGAAUUGGAUUUGUAAUGCAUGAAAAUGCAGGAAGUGGAGCUUGAGUCUUAAAAUUUUGUAUUCUGGUUUUUUGUUCAAGUGAAUUUGUAGAAUACAUAGUGUUAAUCAAGAGAUUCUAAACUAUAAACAUAGUGUUUGAGGUGUCAUUUGGAAGAUCAAUGAUUGUGGAACUUCAUCAUUUGUUGUAUUGGUCUUCCAUUUUACCUCAUAGUAUUGUCUGGUCUGUUUUCAGAUUCAGUAUACUGGAUAAUGUCUGAAUCAUAUGAACUUCAAAGGUUCUACGGUUGCUGUGGACUUAGCAAUUCCAAAGGUGUGCUAUUAUUUAA